AUGUUGAUUGAUUCACUAUUGCAUAAAAAACCAUAUAAUGGUGACGUAACAAUUCAAUCUGAAAGAGAGAGAGAACGUAGCCAAGAAAGAAGUAGAAGAGAUAGAGAUGAUAGAGAUGAUAGAGAUCGUAGGCGACACCAUUCAAGGAGAAGUCAUAGUUAUAGCCCAAAACAUCGAUCUAGAUCUCGAUCAGUAACUCCUAUUAAUAGAAGAAGAAGGAAGUUAAACAAUUGGGAUGUGGCACCACCAGGAUAUGAAGGAAUGACAGCAGAGCAGGUUAAAGCCACAGGAUUUUUUCCACUUCCUGGACAACCUGCCACUACAAGACCAUCAGCAGUCCCAAAUUCUCCAAUAAUAUCUGGAAUGGAUCCAUCAAGGGCAGCAAUGAUAUUGGGUAUGACACAUGAGCUUCCACCACAGUCUAAAGUUAGUCAAGGAGCAGCAGGUCCAGUUGCACAGACUGCAUCAUUAGCAAGACAGGCUAGACGACUUUAUGUUGGUAAUAUUCCAUAUGGUAUUGAUGAGAAUGGCUUAUCAGAAUUUUUCAACACUACAAUGCUUCAAUUGAAUAUUACUACUGCAUCUAGCAAUCCAGUUACAGCUGUUCAAAUCAAUCAUGAUAAAAACUAUGCAUUUGUUGAAUUUCAUGCACCUGAAGAAGCUACAGCUGCAAUGGCAUUUGAUGGAAUUACAUUUCAAGGUCAAUCAUUAAAGAUUCGUCGGCCAAAAGAUUAUCAACCUCCACCUGGGCAAAAUCUAGAGCCACCACCAAUACAUGUGCCAGGAGUUGUAUCUACAAAUGUACCAGAUAGCCCGAAUAAAAUCUUUAUUGGUGGUCUACCAACCUAUUUAAAUGAUGAACAAGUUAUGGAACUUUUAAAAUCUUUUGGAGAAUUGAGAGCUUUCAAUUUAGUUAAAGAUACUUUAUCAUGUGUCUCUAAGGGAUUUGCAUUUUGUGAAUAUGUUGAUCCAAGUGUGACAGAUUUAGCUUGUCAAGGUUUAAAUAAUAUGGAGCUUAGUGAUCGUAAAUUAGUAGUUCAGAGAGCUAGUAUUGGAUCAGCUAAGAACUUGGGUGUUGCAAUGGUUCUACCAUCUUCAGUUCUUAUUCCAGCUGGAAAUGGAGAAAUGCAGCCAACUACUGUUCUUCAACUUCUUAAUAUGGUUACUCCUGAGGAAUUAGUAGAUGAUGAAGAAUAUGAAGAUAUAGUUGAGGAUGUUAGAGAAGAAUGUUCUAAGUUUGGUUCUAUCAUUGAUAUGAAAAUUCCUAGGCCAGGCCAAUCAACUACUGAGGCAGCUGGUAUAGCACUUCGAGCACUUGCAGGAAGAAAGUUUGCUGAACGUACAGUUCUUACAUCAUAUUUUA